CUAAAGAUUCAACCUUUUGUUACUUCCAAUGGCGUUAGCUCUCUCCGUCGCACCUACAUCAUCUUCUUCUUCUUCCCUCCUCUCUCGGAACCCUAACCCUUCUCCCAAUUUCAGAACAACCCAUCUGAAUUUCGGUUCUCAAAGGAGGAUUUACACCAUCAAUCCUCUUCUUAGAUCCUUUAAAUGUCUUCAAUCAUCCUCAAAAGACGUAAAUGCGUCACCUUUCUCAAUCUCAGCUAUUGCUUCAUCAUCACAAACCACAGAGCUUGUACCACAUAAGCUUCAGAGAUUAGUCAAGGAAUUCAAAUCCUUGACAGAGCCAAUUGAUAGACUCAAAUGGGUUCUUCAUUACGCUAGUCUCGUUCCUCCGAUGCCCGAGUCGUCUAAGACUGAGUCAAACCGAGUUAUGGGCUGCACGGCUCGUGUUUGGCUAGAGGCUGCGUUAGGUCAAGAUGGGAAGAUGAGGUUUUGGGCAGAUAGUGAUUCAGAUGUGAGUAAAGGGAUGUGUUCUUGUUUGAUUCAUGUUCUUGAUGAGGCUUCUCCUGAAGAAGUUAUGGAAUUGAAGACUGAGGAUUUAGCUGAGCUUAAUGUUGGAUUGUUGGGUGGAGAGAGAUCGAGAGUUAACACUUGGUAUAAUGUUCUGGUGAGUAUGCAGAAGAAGACUCGACGAUUAGUAGCGGAGAGGGAAGGUAAAGUUCCGUCCUUUGAGCCAUUUCCUUCACUUGUGUUAACGGCUCAUGGCAUUGAAGCUAAAGGAAGCUUUGCUCAAGCUCAGGCGAAAUAUUUGUUUCCAGAGGAGUCACGGGUUGAAGAACUUGUCAAUGUGUUGAAAGAAAAGAAGAUAGGAGUGGUUGCUCAUUUCUAUAUGGAUCCAGAAGUGCAAGGGGUCUUGACUGCUGCUCAAAAGCAUUGGCCACAUAUCUCUAUAUCUGAUUCUCUUAUCAUGGCGGAUUCAGCUGUCACGAUGGCUAAAGCUGGAUGUCAGUUUAUAACAGUUCUUGGUGUUGAUUUCAUGUCCGAAAAUGUCCGAGCCAUCCUAGAUCAAGCUGGAUUUGAAAAGGUUGGUGUAUACAGGAUGUCAGAUGAGACCAUUGGUUGUUCACUGGCUGAUGCUGCAUCUGCUCCUGCUUACUUGAAUUAUCUUGAAGCUGCUUCUCGUUCUCCUCCUUCAUUGCAUGUUGUUUAUAUAAAUACAUCUUUGGAAACAAAAGCUUUUGCUCACGAGCUUGUACCUACCAUUACUUGCACUUCAUCUAAUGUUGUACAGACGAUUCUGCAGGCGUUUGCUCAAAUGCCGGAGUUAACUGUUUGGUACGGUCCUGAUUCUUACAUGGGAGCGAAUAUUGUAAAGUUAUUCCAGCAGAUGACAUUGAUGACUGAUGAAGAAAUCGCCAAUAUUCACCCUAAACACAGCCUAGAUUCCAUUAAAUCAUUGCUGCCCCGUCUUCACUAUUUCCAGGAAGGAACAUGUAUUGUACAUCAUCUUUUCGGUCACGAGGUUGUGGAGAGAAUAAAGUACAUGUACUGUGAUGCCUUUCUUACCGCGCAUCUUGAGGUUCCAGGUGAAAUGUUUUCACUAGCAAUGGAAGCAAAGAAAAGAGAAAUGGGUGUUGUUGGAUCAACACAAAACAUACUAGACUUCAUCAAGCAGAAGGUUCAGGAAGCAGUGGACCGGAAUGUGGAUGACCACCUCCAGUUUGUUCUUGGAACAGAGUCAGGGAUGGUAACAUCGAUUGUCGCGGUGAUCAGAAGUUUGCUAGGUUCUUCUGCCAACUCGAAAUUGAAGGUUGAAGUAGUGUUUCCUGUAUCGUCAGACUCGAUGACAAAAACUUCUUCAGAUAGUUCAAACUCCAUUAAAGUUGGUGAUGUGGCACUACCUGUUGUACCGGGAGUAGCAGGCGGUGAAGGCUGCUCUAUUCAUGGCGGAUGUGCAUCAUGUCCAUAUAUGAAGAUGAACUCGCUUAGCUCGCUCUUGAAAGUCUGCCACAAACUACCUGACUUGGAAAACAUAUAUGGGGGAUUCAUAGCGGAGCGAUUUAAAAGACAAACUCCUCAAGGAAAACUCAUUGCGGAUGUAGGGUGCGAGCCAAUACUUCACAUGAGGCACUUCCAAGCGAAUAAGGUGCUACCAGAGAAGCUUGUUCGUCAGGUAUUAAGUUGUGAGAGCAAGAGAUAACCAAUUUGCCCUUAAAAGCUAUGUAUGAAAAAAAUUGGGUGAGUUUAGUUAUAAACAAAUUAUAGGUUU